AUGGCAUACCUCGCCCGCGCUCUCCCCAAAAGGGUCCUCCCUACCACACUUCCCUGGAUCCGCCAAACACAAGCAUUGAGCACCACCGCCCUCCACCACUCCCCCACCAACACCCGCACACCCCGAACUCCAACACAACCUCGACACUACCCCCGCCGGAACUACCACUCUGCCCUGCACCCCCGCCUCCCAGACCAUGAAUAUACCAACUCGCAAACGGCCAUCCUGACCGCGGCGCUCACCCACGUCCCAACACACGGCUUCAGCGGCACAGCGCUAGCCCUCGGCGCGCGCGACGCAGGCUUCCUCGACGUCUCCGUGCAGCUCCUCCCACGCGCCGAGUUCGAUCUCAUCCUCUUCUGGCUCGCGAGUCGACGAGGCCUGCUGCGCGGGAAAGUCGAGGAGGGGGGACUAUUCCGGCGCAUUGCGGCGGAGCAGGGGAAGGAUGUGCACGAGCUUAGUAUUGAGGAGAGAGUCCGAGGGCUGAUUCUGGAGCGACUACGAAUGAACACGGAGGUCAAGGAUGUGUGGCAAGAUGCUCUUGCGACAAUGUCCCUCCUCGCUAAUAUCCCCCUCUCCUUGACGGAGUUGCACGCCCUUGCUUCGGAUAUCCUCACUCUUGCUGGUGAUGAUGCUGUCGAUGCGGGUUGGUAUACGCGCCGAUUGGCGGUUUCGGCUAUCUAUGCUAGUUCCGAGGUUGUUAUGACCCGCGAUCCGACGGCGGAUCUUGUGGAGACGGCGGCGUUUGUGGAGCGGCGGUUUGAGGAUCGGAAGGUUAUUGCUGAUAAGCUUACUGGGAUUGGACAGUGUGCUGGGUUUGGGUGGAAUACUGCUGUUGGGCUGGGCCGCAGUUGGGGAUUGAAGAUUUGA